UGGGUAUUCUCAUUCCCCUUGUUCUCACCCCCUUCUCUUCCUUUGAAGUCUUCCAUAAGUACUGUUGGUUUAAACAGUUCCCUGUGACAGCAGCCCACAUUCAGUUACUGUUCCCCAGAGUUUUUAUUUGUAUCUGGCCUGUGCUCUUAACACAGCAGUGUCUUUAGGAGGUGUUUUAAAACAUAGAGGCUUAGAGAUCCUCCACUAGUAAAACUGUCAUUUUAUUUAAAUAAACAGAGCCAUAGAUGACUUCUCUCAGCAGAAGAACCUGCCUUCUAUUUAAAUGUCUUUUCCAACUGGAAUGUGUCUAGGCUGUGAAGGAGCUGAUUUUUCCAGGAAGUAGUGGGAGGCCUUCACCUUCUGUGUAGGAUGUGUUCCAUCCUCCUCCAUCAGUGUGCCGCCUGCUCUGACACUGCUCUGCCUUCAUUCCCCCUCAACUGUCUCUCCCUAUCCUGGAGGUGAACUGGCUGGAACACCUGGAACUUCACAUGAAUUUAUCCUCGUCAGUUCUUCUGAGAUCAUGUUUAAGAUAGAUGUUCUUUUCAUAUGUGAUCUGAAAAUGAUUUUUUUUUUUGUUUGUUUCUAUUGCAAUCAACACAGCAGUAUCAACAAAUACUAAAUCAAUGGCUGCUAGUCAGUGUGACAGUCAAGUUGGACCUCUUCCUGUCCCAGCUCUCACAGACUCUGAAAUUAAAGGGAAGAAAAUUUAAAUUUUCUAUCUGUCUUUGCCCUCACCAUGUCAAGGAGCGUUAAUGAUGUGUUCCCUCUCCACUGCAUUCCCCACCUGUCAUAUUGCUAGGGUCUAACUACAGAAUGAACAUAGCAGCUGUGUUUAAUGCCCUGCUCGUGUCUGUCCUUGCUGCUGUGCUGUGGAAAUACAUCAAACUGCGAGAGCAUGUCUUCAUGGUCGAGGAGGAGUUGGUCCUCACACGUCAGUCUCAGGAACUCUCUCAGGCUCAGAUCGACUACCAUGCAGCUCUCCAGGCACUGGUGGAGGACGGUACCAGGAUGGUGUGCACUGGCAGGAUGCACACCGACCGCAUCUGCCGCUUUGAGUCCCUCUGCUACUCUACUGAGGCUGAAGAGUUCAUCUACUUUCACAGCAACUCCUCGGUCAUGCUGCCCAACCUGGGGUCCCGGAGAUUCCAGCCGGCCCUGCUCGACCUCUCCUCCGUGGAAGAUCACAACACUCAGUACUUCAACUUUGUGGAGCUUCCAGCUGCUGCGCUGAAAUUUAUGCCAAAGCCAGUCUUUGUGCCUGAUGUGGCGCUGAUUGCUAACAGGUUCAACCCAGACAACCUGAUGCAUGUCUUUCAUGACGACCUCCUCCCCAUUUAUUACACCAUGCAGCAGUUCUCUGAUUUAGAUCUGGAGGCACGGCUCUUCUUCAUGGAAGGGUGGAGUGAAGGUGUUCACUUUGACCUCUACAAGUUACUGAGUAACAAGCAGCCGCUCCUCAGGGAGCAGCUUAAAACCCUGGGCAGGCUCCUCUGCUUUACCAAAUCAUACGUGGGACUGUCUAAAAUCACCACCUGGUACCAGUACGGAUUUGUUCAGCCACAAGGGCCGAAGGCUAACAUCCUGGUUUCUGGUAACGAGAUCAGGCAGUUCACCAAAUUCAUGAUGUACAAGCUGAACAUCAGCUUGGAGGAAAGCUCCAGUGAGGAGUACAUCGUAGUGUUCAGUCGAACAAUCAACAGACUUAUCCUAAAUGAGGCAGAACUAAUCCUGGCUCUUGCUCAGGAGUUUCAGAUGAAAACCAUUACUGUCUCUCUAGAGGAGCAUUCAUUUUCUGACAUCGUCCGGUUGAUCAGCAAUGCGUCCAUGCUGGUCAGCAUGCAUGGGGCCCAAUUAGUCAUGUCUCUCUUCUUGCCAAGAGGUGCCACAGUGGUGGAGCUCUUCCCUUAUGCUAUCAACCCUGAACACUAUACCCCUUACAAAACCCUGGCAACCCUUCCUGGCAUGGACCUGCAGUACAUUGCCUGGCAGAACACUGACAGGGAAGACACCGUUACCUACCCAGACAGACCCUGGGAUCAGGGUGGGAUUGCUCACCUGGACAAAGCUGAGCAAGAGCGCAUUAUUAAGAGCACAGAGGUGCCACGGCACCUCUGCUGCCGCAACCCUGAGUGGCUGUUCCGUGCCUACCAGGACACAAAGGUGAACAUCCCUUCACUCAUCCAUGUGAUCAGGCAGACUGUGAAAUCUAAGCCUGGACCCAAGAAGCAGAAGUGGCCUGGUAGCCUCUACCCUGGCAAAGUGAGGGAUGCCAAGUGUCAAGCCUCUGUCCAGGGCACAAGCGAAGCUAAACUUGUCGUGUCCUGGCAGAUUCCCUGGAACCUGAAGUAUCUCAAGGUCAGAGAAGUGAAAUAUGAAGUGUGGAUACAAGAGCAAGGGGAAAACACUUACAUGCCUUAUAUAUUGUCCCAUCAGAAUCAUACCUUCUCAGAAAACAUUAAGCCCUUCACGAUAUACCUGGUGUGGAUACGCUGCAUCUUCAACAAAAAUCUCCUGGGACCUUUUGCAGAUGUGCUCUUGUGUAGUACAUAACCUGUUGCACUACCUGUACAGUUCUAACCUGCUCUCCACUCUAUCUGUGGUUUAAAACUUCUUGUCUUGUAGUUUGUAGAGGGCCGAAGAGGACUAGACUGUACCAAUGCCUAAGUGUCCAUUUUAUUGCACUCCAUGUGUGUUCUUUAAAUGGUAUUUAUUUCCAGUGAGUGGUAAAAAAAAAACCCAACAAAAACAACACAAAAAAAACCAAGAAACCUCUGUGUUCUUCAGAGUAACUUCCAGAAAUUAAAUUACAUGCUGAAUACAUGUAAUUGAAAACAGAAUGGAAGUGAAUUGUGUGUACCUUGGUCGUGAUUUAAAUUUGUUUCUGUUGUGUGGUGAGUAUUUAAGCACAGCAUUAAACUGCAGUUAAUUCCAUGGCUAGGUGGGCAAUUCUCAUCAGCUUUUCCUUGUAAGUUAUUUUUUUCAGAAACUUUGACUGUAACUUUGAGUUCAAGUUUUGGUACGAGAGCCUUCAUUAAACUGCUGUAAACCUC